UGUGAGCGAUACACCAAGCAAGUUGGUUCAAGCCCCACCUGAGCAAUCACAUAUAGCUUCUGUCAAAAGUAGUGUCCGGAAUCCGGACUGUUCGAAAAAGAGAAAUUCACAAGUAAAUUCAUUGUAAUGCACCAGGGGUGCGCACUCGUUUUUAUGUUUUGUUUUAUCCCUUGGACGUUUGUGGCAUCAUUAAGAUUUCGCAGCACUGGCAAUUGUACGUUUAUCAAAGAUGUUGCGAUGAAUUUCGUUUGCAAAGGCUCCGUGUCGAAGGAUAUGUUUGCGCUGUAUAAGGACCGCCGGGCCCCCCAGAAUUCCCACUUCAGCAUCUGGGAAGGAUCUGACGACGAGGGCCAGAUCGUCCUAGCCUCGUUUCACGCGUCUCCCCUAGCGGAUCACGCCACCCUCAAGAUAGUGCCAAACCCCAGUUAUCCUGACAGGCACUCAUUUAUAGUAGAGAGUCAGAACCAGUCUCUUGAGCUGCAAUUCGUACCGUCCACUAUUCACUGUUUCGACUUCAGCCUACGCUACCCCAUGGAACUGAGAAGAGAAUGUCUUGGACAGAGCCGGGAAACAAGCGGAGAUGAAGUAGCCAAGCAGCCAAUCCUUCACUACGGCUCCUUUGAUAUCCAGAAAAUCACAGGGGAUACUUCUUCAAGGACGAUAGAACUUAAACGAGUUCUAAUUAUGCUUGCAACAUUCACUAUAAUAUUAUGCCAUUGAAAUUGAGAUAAUAAACAUCGGGGUGUAUAUAAUAUAAA